UUGUAGUCCGUUUGACCUCAGAUGCCGGGGGAUCCAUUUGGCGUUAUUAGCUGAAAAAAAAAAGUUGUGUAACUGCGGAAAGUUGUGUAACAAGGAAAACCAAAAGGACGCCCCUUUCGGGAGGACGCAUUAAUUUGGGUUAUAUAGAGGGUCUGUCCUUACAAACCAGCCCUCCAACGUCCGUUUUUGUAGCAUCCAUCGGCAAAAAUGUUUUCGCUGUCUUCGUCAUUUCAGCCACAGCAGAUGAUAGUGCCUCUCAGCCAGCUCAUCAAUGCCCUCCACUCUCUGAAGAAUUCAGCCACAGCUUCAAUCCAGGCUCUUCACAAAGACUUCAGUCCAGAGCACAGUGCAUUUCUGAGAGAGCCCAGUGUGAGUCUGAAGGAUCUGGGUCUGUCCGAGCUCAGGGCGAGUCAGCUGAACGAGCUCGUCAGCAGGUUACUGCCUACACCGGGACCAGAAGAGCCUCCAGCUGUUCCUUCGAUAUGGAGAACGAGCCACGUUUCUGCAGACAGCUUCUUUCACAACAAGCACGGGUUCUCACACAGGAAUUUGGGGCUUUUCGGCUCACCAUUAUUCCACAGACAAUACCACAGCCCACUAAGACAAGCUUGCUCAGAACUACAGUUUUUGCCUGUAUGGGUCCAGAGUCGCGGUUUCAAGACACUUCGAUCAAGGACCAGACGGGCGGAGUCUGGUUAUGACGGUCCCGUGGAAUCUGAAGCCUACACUCCAGGCUUCAUGAAGGGAUUGCUCUCUAAAGAAAAAGGAGUCGAGGCACAGUCUUUGGACCAAGUGAUACAACAAAAAAACCUUCCAGAAAACCAGCAGGAGGCUUUCAAGACGGGUUUCACUGAGGGGUUCAUGAGGUCUCAAGCUUUGACUCAGAGAACACAAGACUCACUGAGGAGAACCAGGUUGAUCCUCUUGGUCCUCCUCCUCAUUGGUAUUUAUGGCCUCUCAAGAACCCCGUUUCUCUCCGGUAAAGGCCCCUUUUCUGAUGCUGUGAGGUUCCGCACCACAUCCGGUCUUGACUCUGCAGUCGACCCCAUCCAGAUGAAGAAUGUAACAUUUGAGCAUGUCAAAGGAGUGGAGGAGGCAAAGAGCGAACUGCAAGAUGUUGUUGAGUUUCUGAAAAACCCACAGAAAUUUACCGUUUUGGGUGGAAAGCUGCCAAAAGGGAUCCUGCUUGUUGGUCCCCCAGGCACAGGAAAGACUCUGUUAGCACGAGCCGUGGCCGGAGAGGCCGAUGUUCCUUUUUACUACGCCUCCGGAUCGGAGUUCGAUGAGAUGUUCGUGGGCGUUGGUGCGAGCCGAAUCAGAAACCUUUUCAAAGAGGCAAAAGCCAAUGCUCCCUGUGUCAUCUUCAUUGAUGAGCUGGACAGCGUGGGUGGAAAGAGAAUAGAGUCCCCUAUGCAUCCUUACUCCAGACAAACCAUCAACCAGCUGCUGGCUGAAAUGGAUGGAUUUAAACCAAAUGAAGGAGUCAUUGUUAUUGGUGCUACAAACUUUGCUGAAGCUUUGGAUAACGCUCUGGUUCGACCAGGGAGGUUUGACAUGCAGGUGACGGUCCCUCGCCCUGAUGUGAAAGGCCGCACAGAGAUUCUCAACUGGUACCUCUCCAAGAUCAAAGUAGACCCAGCCUUUGAUGCAGAGAUUAUUGCCCGAGGCACAGUGGGCUUCUCAGGGGCAGAGCUCGAGAACCUGGUCAACCAGGCAGCCCUGAAGGCAGCAGUGGAUGGGAAAGAGAUGGUCACAAUGAAGGACCUGGAGUUCGCUAAGGACAAGAUCCUCAUGGGCCCUGAGAGGCGGAGUGUUGAAAUUGACAAGAAGAAUAAGACCAUUACCGCAUACCACGAGUCCGGCCAUGCCAUUGUUGCCUAUUACACCAAAGAUGCAAUGCCCAUCAAUAAGGCUACUAUCAUGCCUCGAGGACCAACUCUGGGCCAUGUGUCGAUGCUUCCAGAGAAUGACCGCUGGAGCGAGACACGAGCCCAGCUGCUGGCUCAGAUGGACGUCAGCAUGGGCGGCCGAGUAGCAGAGGAGCUCAUCUUUGGGAACGAUAACAUCACCACAGGUGCCUCCAGCGACUUUGAUGGUGCAACCAAAAUCGCAAAAUUGAUGGUGACCAGAUUCGGCAUGAGUGACAAGCUCGGUGUCAUGACCUAUGGAGACAUUUCAAAGCAAAGCCCUGAAACACAAGCAGCCAUUGAACAGGAAGUCAGAGCUUUACUAAAGGACUCAUAUGAACGUGCUAAGAAUAUCCUCAAGACUUACAGUAAGGAGCACAAGAAGCUGGCUGAUGCCCUCUUAACAUAUGAAACUCUGGACGCCAAAGAGAUCCAGAUGGUGCUGGAGGGCAAAUCACUGGACCUCUAUAGACCUCAGCAGCAGCAGCAGGCGUUGUAGACUCAUAUGUAUAUGUGUGUGUGUGUGUGUGUGUGUGUGUGUGUGUGUGU